CUCAGCCUUACGGUCGGCUGGUGAAGCUGGAGGAGUACGAGCUGGCGAAGGAUAACGACUAGUUUUGGCACAUGCCGUUCUUAGGUAACAGCGAGCAGGUGGCAAGGAAGUUGCAGAGCUGUCUGAUCCAGUCUGGUAACGACGUUAUCAUGUGUCUUAAGGUGGAGGUGUACAGCCGUCUUCAGUCCGAGGACCCCCAUGCCGAUGCAUUCGUGGCUUUUCCAGGUAGCAAGGUGGUCAAGGUCGCCAGUCAGUUGUUCAAUCGUACCAGCCAGCUGAUGAUUGGAACAACCGCAUGGAGUGCUCUAGUGACGAUGGGAGUUGUGCUGACGAGUGGCAAAGUUAUUGUGGGGCCACAUAACAUCGUUUUCAAUCCUCACAGUGAGUCGCACAUAUGGCUCAAGAAGGUAGUGAGGAAUACCUGUACAACAAUGUGGAGCGUCAGACGCGGUCCAACUUUGACGAAGAGGCCACGUACGGCAAGCACGCUGCCGUACAUCCUCAGUUUAAAUCGCCCUUCACCAGUCCAGUGCUGUUGGCGACUUUGUGGCAUUUCAAGCAUCAGCAGAAGGGAUGGUCAGGCCUCAAGCUUGCUGCCUAUAUUUUCUACGAACUCUACAGUGACAAGGGCGUUGUGCUGAAGAAGCAGGUGGAGGAUUACUUGGCCCUGAUUCCGCAUGCCAAGCAAGGUAAUGGCGGGAUUUACAAAAAUCUGGAGCAAUUGGUCAAAGUCAUGAAGGCGGAAGAGACAAGGCCUGUCUCGGCGGAGGUUGAUAAAAAGCUGAGCGGUCUUGCAGACAAAAUACAAACAGAACUGACUCGUAUCAACACCGGUACUAUCACAGUCAACGUUGAGGCGCAGCUAAAGAGAAUACUACAACCGUGA